CAACCUCUCAAUAAUCAAUACGAAUACAUACACAUAUAAAUACUCCACUAUCCACUGUUGCUCUUUCUUGUAAAACCCUCCCAUCAGUCUUCAACAAUGGCAACUCAAACCCCUGCUUCACCCCCAUAUGAUAUCAUAAUCUUUGGAGCUUCAGGCUUCACAGGCAAGUUUGUAAUCAAAGAAGCCCUCAAAUUUCUCAACACCCCUUCUUCCCCAUUAAAGUCCCUAGCUUUAGCUGGCAGGAAUCAAUCCAAAUUGACCCAAGCCCUUUCUUGGGCCGCCCAUCCAAACCCACCUCCCUCUAUCCCAAUUCUCACUGCUGACACCACUGACCCUUCUUCUCUUGAUCGCAUUGCUGCCCAGACCAAGCUUGUUCUUAACUGUGUUGGCCCUUUUCGCCUUUACGGAGAGCCUGUUGUGGCUGCUUGUGUUGGGAAUGGGGCUGAUUACUUGGAUAUUUGUGGAGAGCCUGAUUUUAUGGAGAGAAUGGAGGCGAAUUAUUAUGAUCAGGCUGUGAAGAAUGGAUCUUUGGUGGUUUCUGCUUGUGGGUUUGAUUCGGUGCCCGCGGAGUUGGGGUUGAUGUUUAAUUCCAGGCAAUGGGUUUUGCCUGCUGUGCCGAAUAGGGUGGAGGCGUAUGUGAGCUUGGAAUCGGAUAAGAGGGUGGUGGGGAAUUUUGCGACUUAUGAAUCGGCUAUCUUGGGGAUUGCUAAUGCUGCUAAAUUGCAGGAGUUGAGGAGGUCUCGGCCUAGAAGAGCUAGGCCUACUAUUCCUGGUUUUGCUCCUCCCAAAGGUUCUACUAUAGAACACCAAAAGGAUAUAGGCCUUUGGGCUGUAAAGCUUCCCUCAGCAGAUGCUACUGUCGUACGAAGGACACUCACAACUCUGACAGAGAACCCCCAUGGUCUUCAAGGUGCCAAUGAGAGUGCUGAACAGGCUGAGAAAAGGGAGAAAUUCUGGUCUACAAUAAAACCAGCUCAUUUUGGGGUCAAACUUGGGUCCAAGUCUUUCUUAGGUGUUCUCCGGUUUAUUGGUGUUGGAGUUAUGAUGGGUUUAUUGGGUAGUUUUGCUUUUGGGAGAUCACUUCUCUUGAAAUUUCCAUCUUUCUUUAGCCUUGGUUGGUUCAGAAAGAAUGGUCCAACCGAAGAGGAGGUGGCGGCUGCUUCGUUCAAGAUGUGGUUUGUGGGACAAGGAUUUAGUGAUAGCAGCCUGGCUUCAGGAAAGACAAAACCUGAUAUGCAAAUCAUAACAAGGUUAACAGGGCCAGAGAUUGGUUAUUUGACCACUCCGAUAAUACUGAUUCAGUGUGCUCUCGUUCUGCUAAAGCAACGGGAUGACCUGCCAAAAGGAGGUGUUUUCCCACCCGGGAUUGUGUUUGGCCCAACAGAACUUCAGGAGAGACUCCAGGAGAACGGUAUAUCCUUUGAUGUCGUUUCAAAGAGUUCGCUCACUUCUUAAAAUGUUGUAGUAUUGUGAUAAAGGUAAAACCUAGUCUGAGUCUCCGAGUUGUUUGACAUAAUAAUUUGGAAGAAUUGCCGUUGUUAGAUUGUGUACAAGUAUUUUCUUGUUUGAAGCAUAAAUCGGUUUAGUAUUUUGAUAAGUGUAGCCAUACUUUCGGGGA